AUGAAGAGCAUUCAAGAAGAUGUUAUCGCUCAAUGUAGCAGCUACUUUUUACUAUAUCACAGCCAUUUACCCCUCUUAAAAGAGCGGAGAGAUUCUCUAACGAACUUUUGUUCAAUAUUUGAAAUCCGAAAUAAUUUCAUAGCGGAUUUUGAGCUCGACCAAGAUACAAUAAAUUUCCUGGAUUUGGAUUUAGGCUUAAAUUCUGACGAUUUAUCAUGGAAUCCUAAUAGCCCUUCGACAUCUGCAAGUUUUGAUAACGAUGACUUGCAGUGCCAUUUGUGUAAUAAAACAUUUAAAUGCAAUAAAGGCCUCAGGCAGCACCUAGGGAAGCGGCAUUCUCAAAGCAAUGAAGGAGUUGCCUGCCAUAUAUGUGGAAAAAGUUUUAAGCAUAAAUAUGCAGUAAAAUUCCACAUAAAUCAAGUGCACGAUAAAACAACCCGAGUCAGUUGCCCUCUCUGCGGAAAAUCGAUUUAUAAUAAGUAUAUGCUUUCCCAGCAUAUGGAAAGAAUGCAUUAA